AUGAUCGAGGCGGCCCUUAGCAUCGCCUUCUGGUUGUCUAGCUGUUUGACAGUCCUCAUUCUCGCCUUACCCUCGCAGUAUAUUCCACAGCGUGCGAAAGAAGAGAAAAUUGACAAUGGAAAAGAGAAGGUCACUGUUCAAAUCUUGGUUUUGGGAGACAUUGGUCGCAGUCCGCGUAUGCAAUACCACGCAUUAAGCAUUGCUCGCCAUGGAGGCCAGGUGGAUAUUAUCGGAUACCAAGAAUCCGACCCUCAUCCCGAAAUUACGUCUAAUCCAAAUAUCUCGAUUGUUCCAUUACCUCCGCACCCGAACAUUCUCCAAACCAACAACAAACUCCUAUUCCUUGCGUUCGGACCUCUUAAAGUCAUAUUCCAAAUUUUGUCCUUAUGGAUAUGCCUUGCAUAUCGUACCAAACCUGCGAAAUACCUACUCGUCCAGAAUCCUCCAUCUAUCCCAACCCUCGCCCUCGCUUCCGUCGUUUGCUUCUUCCGACAGACCAGACUCAUUAUCGAUUGGCACAACUUUGGUUACUCAAUCUUGGCACUGAAAUUAGGCGAUCAGCAUCCAUUAGUUCGGAUUUCGAGAUGGUACGAGAAAUUGUUUUGUAGGUGGGCAAUUGCACAUUUCUGCGUCACCAACGCCAUGGCGCGCGUCUUGAAAGAAGAGUUUGGGAUUACAAAAGCUCCGAUCUUGACAUUACACGAUCGCCCGGCGAGUCACUUCAAACCCAUCCUGGUCGAGGAGGAAAAAGUGCAGUUCCUAGCGUCUCUUGAGGAGGGAACAGCUACUAAAGCUGAGCUGACGAGGGGAGACGUGCGCGUCCUUGUUAGUUCAACGUCUUGGACCCCCGAUGAAGAUUUCUCGGUCUUGAUAGAUGCCCUGUGUCAAUACUCAGAAGCUGCAAUGUCUAGAAACACCUCUUUGCCGAGGGUUCUAGCCAUAAUCACAGGCAAAGGACCACAGAAAGAGAUGUAUCUCAACGAAAUAUCAUCUCGUGAAAAGGCUGGCAAGCUCGGGAAAGUGACUAUCAAAACAGCUUGGCUGAGCACGCUCGACUACGCAAAACUCCUAGGCUGUGCAUCACUCGGUGUCAGCUUACAUACAAGCAGUAGCGGCGUUGAUUUACCCAUGAAGGUAGUGGACAUGUUUGGUGCUGGUUUGCCGGUUGUUGGAUGGAGUCGAUUUGAAGCUUGGCCCGAGCUAGUUACAGAAGGCGUCAAUGGGCGAGGAUUUGGAAGCCCAGAAGAACUGGCCAGUCAGCUUACGGAUCUAUUCGGUAACCCUAAGAAACUUGAGAACCUCAGAAGUGGUGCUCAAAAAGAGAGCCUGCACAGAUGGGAUCAAGAGUGGGAUCCUAUUGCAGGCCGACUGCUCGGAUUGGUGGAGCCUUAA